AUGAAGGUAGAAUGGUGGAUGGUGGAAAUGGUUGAUGGUGGAAAUGGUGGUUUAUAUAUCCUGGAUGCCUCCUGGUGGAACUGGUACAAAGUUGUAACAACACGUCAGCAGUAUGCCAGUUUGUUGGAGCUAAUAAAGGAGAAGCUAGAAAUUGCUCAGGGGUUCUCCAAAUGCUCGAAGGAAGAGGUAGCCGAGUUUUGGAAAAAUGUUGCGAAGGAGCUUAACGGUAUAGGCCCACCAACCAAAGAUGUAUCAAGCUGGAAAAAGGUGUGGUUAGAUUGGAAGGCUUAUAUAAAGCGAAAAUUGUCCGAAAACAAGAGGGAGCAAACAAUCGGUGGCCGAUAUAAGCAGCACCACCUUAAUGAGAUGGAAGAAGAAGUCAUCAGUCUGACCGCUUUAGAGACCAGCUUGCACGAUAUCACAGGCACAGUAAGUGUGGCACUACCUGCUACUGUCGAAGCAGAGAAUAGUGGACCCGAUCCGGACGUAUCCAUGCUGUCGGAUAACUGCAGUCCUUCUUUCACCAGACGUGCCCCAACUGUCCAAAAGCGAGUCGAUACAAGUACUGCAGAUCUUAUUAAAGAGCAGCUAGCACUUCAAAAGGACUUCCAAGCAAAGAGUCUGCAGCAAUCUCGCUUCGACUAUGCAGCGAAUGUGUUCAGCACUGGAAACUGGCGACCUAAAAGCAGCCGACCUGGAAGAAACGCGUAG